AUGUAUGAAGACAUCAUUGAGCGGAUGCGCGCGAGAAAUGAUGUCUCUAGCACCCAGGAAGCAAACAGCCCCGAGCACCUCGUACCUCCUUUACCUUUAACGCCGAUAAGUUUGCACUCCGAUGUUCUCGCCGGCAGUCUGCUUGUACCAGCCACUGAGCCACCCAAGGCGGCUCCUGUCAUCUCACAAUCACAUCCAUGCGCGAAACUCUCGUCAGAAGAUCAUAUCUGGGAAGAAAAAGCAUGUAAAGGCAUCGCUCAUAAGGGACUGAGCUUGGACAAAGUCUGGGAUAAAAAGACGUGGAAGCAGAAAGCCAACAAUAUCGAACGAUUGAAGUUGCUAAAGGACGAUGGGUACGACAUUAAAUCUCUACAGGCCCCGAAGACAUCCGCAGAUACAAUAAUCGAGGCUCUGUUGGCUCACGUAAAGGCACGGAAGGAGAAAAAUCUGGGUCUUGCAGCUUCUACGGUACUACAUUCAACUCCCAGUGAGGAAGUAUCAGAACCAGAGAAAGAAGAAAGCUAUAACGCCACUCUAGCGAACGAUGACGACACAGCGCAUGUGGAGCCGAAGGAAACUGGAGACCAUGUUCCAUCGGAUGCGACACCGCAAGGUGUUCCGGAUUUUGCGCAGGAUGAACCAGAAUCGCGUGAGGAACCAGAAUCCCACGAUGAACCAAAAUCACACUACUAUAUCCCGCCCCCCGUCGCAGGCCUGAAACGCAAGCAUACCCAUGAGGAUGAAAACCAGCCUGAUUGGCACAAAGACAACCCACAAAAGGAACUUCACGAAGCAUACAACACAGCAAAUUCCAUCGAACUCGUCGAGCUGCCGUGCACUUGCAGGAUCGCUAAGAUAGCGCGAGUGUUGACAAGGGAAGAUCUUGCCAACGCCUUCGCAAAACAAGCUGCGUUCAUAUACAGUCAAAAAAUUAGUCGUGACAUCUUCCGCUACGCUAGAGAGAAGAGAAGGAUAUUUCAGGACCCAAAGUCAAAAGAAUCCUUCAACAUUUGUAUGGCGUCGUAG